CCGGUGGCCGCUGCGGUAGCGGCCGUGGCUACGACGGCGAUGGCGGGAACAAGGCCGCUCCCGGGCGCUGGGGGUGCCGUGCCUUCCGGGCCGCGGCCCGGGAAGAGCGGGGAGGAGCGACUGAAAGAGAUGGAGGCGGAGAUGGCGCUGUUUGAGCAGGAGGUCUUGGGGGCUCCCAUGUCUGGGAUUCCGGCGCCCGUCGUACCCGCCGUGGAGCCUGCCCCCGUGAUCCGCCCGAUCAUCGCCACCAACACCUACCAGCAGGUCCAGCAGAGCCUGGAGGCCCGGGCAGCGGCGGCAGCCACGGUUGCACCCCUCGUAGGUCCCUCCGGCCCCUUUGUGGGGCCUGUUGGAUUUGGCCCCGGAGGAGACAGAGGGCAUCUGGACAGCCCCGAGGCCCGGGAUGCCGUGUUCCUUCGCCUGGCGGCUGGGGGCCCCCGACCCCUGGCUCUUCGGCUGCCACAUCAGGCCCUGGUUGGGCCUCCCCUGCCAGGUCCCAUCGGACCCCCCAUGAUGUCACUCAUGGCCCGGGCCGCAGGACCCCCACUUGGCACAAUGGCUACCCUGAAGCCUCUCCCAGAAGAGCCUGCAGCCCCCCCGGAGCUAGACCUGGGCCUGGGGCCGAAAGAGAAGAAGGAGGCAGCUGCUGCGGCUUCAGCUUCCGGCCUGGAAGACGCCGGUGUGGCGGUGGGGGGCCCAGGAGCCGCUGCAGUCAUUGGGCCCAGCCUCUCCCUGCCCUUGGCCAUGCCCUUGCCUGAGCCCGAGCCCCUGCCUCUCCCCCUGGAAGUCGUCAGGGGCCUGCUUCCACCCCUGCGAAUCCCCGAGCUCCUGUCUCUCCGGCCCAGGCCGCGGCCCCGGCCCCAGCCGCCCCCGGGACUCAUGGCCCUGGAGGUCCCAGAGCCCCUGGGCGAGGACAAGAAGAAAGGGAAGCCGGAGAAGCUAAAGCGCUGCAUCCGAACCGCGGCCGGCAGCAGCUGGGAAGACCCCAGCCUCCUGGAGUGGGAUGCGGACGACUUCCGGAUCUUCUGCGGGGACCUGGGCAACGAAGUGAACGACGACAUCCUGGCCCGAGCGUUCGGCCGAUUCCCCUCCUUCCUCAAGGCCAAGGUUAUCCGCGACAAGCGCUCCGGCAAGACCAAGGGCUACGGCUUUGUCAGUUUCAAGGACCCGGGGGACUACGUGCGGGCCAUGAGGGAGACGAACGGCAAGUACGUGGGUUCGCGUCCUAUCAAGCUCCGCAAGAGCGUGUGGAAGGACCGCAACCUGGAUGUUGUGCGGAAAAAGCAAAAGGAGAAAAAGAAGCUGGGGCUUAGAUAGCCCCGACCUCCGAGACCCCCCUUUAUCCCGUGUGUGACCUUACCCCUGUCCCCGAUCUGAAUAAAUUUGAA